AUGUCCGGCAUUUACAAACAGGCAUUUGCCAUCGGUGGACUCGAGGUCAAGGUCCUAUCAAGGCAUGAAGAGGCGGAUCCGAAACCUGCCUUUGUGCUUUUUGUUCUUCACGGUCGACAUGGACACUCUGAAGAUCAAAAUGUGACAUCCAUAGUCCGUGGCUUAUUGCAAGAGAAAAAUAACGAUUCUCAGCGUAAACUAUAUAUUGUGACCUUUGACCAGAGAAACCAUGGUCAUAGAAUGGUGGAUCCCAGAGCUAAUGAGGGCUGGAGCAAGGUUGCAGCCAAAAACAACGAACAACAUGCAAUAGACAUGUACAGCUUACAAACUGGAACGGCCAGGGACGUAUCGUUCCUCAUCGAUUUUCUACCGGCCUAUCUGUUCCCUGAGCAGGAACGCAUUAUAGCCGACUGGGGAGUUACCGGUGUCAGUCUUGGCGGACAUUCUACCUGGAUCUCUUUGAGCCAAGAACCUCGUUUGACAAUUGGAAUACCUAUCAUUGGUUGCCCAGACUAUCUCACUCUUAUCUCAGCACGAGCAGAGAAGUUUGGGAUAUCUUUAGAGAAAUCCUCAUAUCUGCCGGACAGUCUCCUGAUGCUGAUACAGCGCUCGGACCCGACUUCCACUGCAUAUACAUCCGAUAACUCCUCGAAUCCCUUCUUGGGCAAGAAGAUCUUGGUCUUGUCAGGAGCUGACGAUCUUCUUGUUCCGUGGUCGGCUAGCGAGCCUUUUGUGACCGGGCUGGUCGUCGGGGAGAAGGGCGCAAAGCACGUCUUCGUACAGGAAGGAGUCGGCCACAAGUGCACGCCUGAAAUGGUCCAGCAAUUGGUCGAGUUCGUUCGCACACACUCUAAUUAG